AUGAAGUUCAGCUCAAUCCUCACCACUGUCUUCGCCACUCUGGCAACCAGCUCACCCCUCGAAACCCGCGAUGCCGUCUUCAAGCGUCAAGCCGCAGAGGCCUGCACCGUAGGCUACUGCACCCAGAACGGUGGAACUACCGGUGGAGUAAAGGGUCAAACCGUCACUGUGACCACCCUCGCUGCUCUCCAAGAAGCCGCCAAGCGCGAUGGACCUCUUACUAUCAUCGUCAACGGCAAGUUGACCGGUAGCGAUAGGGUCCGACCUACUUCUGACAAGACAAUCAUCGGUGCUUCUGGUAGCUCACUUACCGGUAUCGGCUUCUACGUUCGUCGCCAGAAGAAUGUUAUUCUUCGAAACCUCAAGAUCGCCAAGGUUGAUGCUUCCAACGGCGAUGCCAUCGGUAUCGAUGAGUCUACUAAUGUCUGGGUUGAUCACUGUGAUCUAUCUGGUGACUUGAGCGGUGGAAAGGAUGACCUUGAUGGUCUUCUCGACAUCUCUCACGGUGCUGAUUGGGUUACUGUGUCUAACACUUACUUCCACGACCACUGGAAGGGCUCUCUGAUCGGCCACUCAGACUCCAACGCCUCCGAGGACAAAGGCAAACUCCACAUCACCUACGCCAACAACUACUGGAAGAACGUCAACAGCCGCCAACCCCUCAUUCGCUUCGCCACCGUCCAUCUCGUCAACAACUACUGGGACAAGAUCCUUCUUUCCGGUGUCAACACCCGCAUGGGUGCUCAAGUUCUUGUUCAAAGCUCUGCUUUCGCCAACUCUGUUGAGCGCGCUAUCUUCUUCGCUGAUUCCAAGGAAACUGGCUAUGCUGUUGUCGAUGAUGUUGAUCUUGGUGGUUCUGUCAACUCUGCCCCUAAGGGUACGCUUACUGCUGCUAGCUUGCCUUACAAGGUUACGCUUUUGGGAAGUAAGAAGGUUGCUUCUGUUAUCCCUGGUACUGCUGGUCAGAAGUUGUAA